AAGUCGUAAAGAAAUGUAAACUGUCGUAAACUUUCACGCGGAGGACUCGUGUGUUUUGGUCAGUUCAGUCAAACUUGAGGCGUUUUUCUAGUGCUGGAGAACACACUGAUGAAGAUGUCCCCGCGGUAAAGACACUGGAGCUGUGGAUGUGCGUCAGGCUGCGUCAUGUUCGUGCUGGUGGAGAUGGUGGACACUGUGAGGAUCUCACCCUGGGACUUCCACAAACAACUCAACGACGCUAUAGCAGAGGAGCUCAACAAGAAACUGGCCAACAAGGUCGUCUACAGUGUGGGACUGUGUAUCUGCCUGUACGACAUCACCAAACUGGAUGAUUCUUUUAUAUUUCCAGGAGAUGGAGCCUCACACACUAAGGUUCAUUUUAGGUACGUUGUCUUCCAUCCUUUCCUUGACGAGGUUCUCGUUGGCAAGAUCAAGUACUGUAGUCAAGAGGGAGUUCAUGUAACUAUGGGCUUCUUUGACGACAUCCUCAUUCCUCCAGAGUCUCUUCAGCAGCCUGCAAAGUUUGAUGAGGCAGAGCAGGUCUGGCUUUGGGAAUAUGAGACUGAUGAAGGCGCUCACGACCUCUACAUGGACCAGGGAGAAGAAAUUCGCUUUAGAGUCACAGAUGAAGUUUUUUUGGACACUUCUCCAACGGGACCAACUACUGCUACUGAAGACACUGCAGCCCAACCUGGACAGUCCACAGGGCCACCACCAGAGGCUGCUGCGGAGAAGAAACAAGCACCGUACACGCUCAUAGGGACCAUUUCUGAACCAGGACUGGGGUUACUGUCCUGGUGGAACAAUUAACCAAGUGAAUGAAGACAAGGGAACGGUUUGUUUGUAAAAGACUAAACUGUUGGAAAACAGUACUUUACUUUACACCUUAAAAUACUGUGUACAAGAAAAUGAGGAUGAAAAAUGAGAGCACAGAUUUGUUGCAGGUUGGUAUGAUGCUUUUUCUGGGUUGCCUCAAGUUUCAAUUAUGGAAACUUCAAUUAAUGUACAUAUUCAACUGGAAAAUAAAUACAGCCGUGACAUUUUUAUUUUCACCUAGUUGCCUUAUUAGGAUAUAAUUACUGUGUGACAGGAAUUUUAAAUUUUAAAGUUAGACUUUAAUGUAAGUUUUUGUACAUUUACAGCAAACGCAGCCAUAAAUCACAGCCGUGUGAUCACUGUCUGUUCACAGGAUGUUUGUGAGCCUGGACCACUAUAAUUAAUCAUAUAUAGUACAAAUAUGAACAGAUUAGUGGCACAACGUUAUUGUGGUGAACUUUGAUGCAAUUUCCAUAAUGACAGAAAUGUUGUGUUUUGUGUGCGCUCUGGGUUAUGUAUUUUUAUUAUGGUUUGGCCAUGACUCAUUUGACUGUUGAAAAUUGCAUCCGUAUGUUUUUUCCCCAGUAUGUAUAGACUUUGCACCUUGUGUUAUACAGCAGAAUAAAAUAAAUCAAAACUACAAAUGUUAUUAAACAUUU